AUGAAGCAGUGGGUCCAGCAGCUGUUCACGAAGCCGGCCAAAGAUCGCUCGUCCGAGACGCGCAUCAUCGAACUCAACGACCCACACGGCGGAACGCAGUACUGCGACAACCGCAUCUGCAGCUCGAAAUACAACAUUUUCACUUUCCUGCCGCUGAACUUGUAUGAGCAGUUCCACCGUCCCAUUAACAUCUACUUUCUGACUGUUGCCGCCCUGCAGUUUAUCCCGUCGGUGGCCCCUGUGAGCCCCUUGACCACCAUCUUCCCCAUCACCACCGCCUUCUUGAUUAACGCGGUGAAGGAGGGCGUCGAUGACCUGCGACGACAUCGCCAGGACGUUGAGGUGAAUGAGCGGCUUUACCAACGCGUGAGGCCCGGCACGCUGCAGCUGGAGGAGGUGGCCAGCGCGGACAUCCGCGUUGGCGACCUGCUGCUCCUGCACCCUUUUGAGGUGGUCCCCAGCGACGUUGUCGUUCUCUUGACGUCGCACGACGGCGGCGGCGCGUACAUCACGACCGAGUCGCUGGACGGCGAAACGGGAUCGAAGCAGCGCUUUGCCCUGCUCCACCACGUCUUCAAGUACACCUCGAAUACCCCCUCUCCCGUGGCGUCACUGCCGCACCCGUCUGGGCUGAACGGCGGGGCGUCACCCGACGCUGCUGUAGCCGCUGCCGCAACAAGUCACGCCACGUCGGCACUACCGGGCAAACCCACCGACAAUCCGCCGCGGGACGUGCGGAGCUGCUGCGCGACGGCAGAGGAGCACCAACUGCACUGCCUCCGCUACGCUCUCUCCACCCGCUUCGCGCUGAGCUCGGAAGGGCCGAACUCGCACCUGCACUCCUACCACGGCGCUGCAACGAUACGCGUGCCGCAGUCGUCGCCGGUGAGCUGGCGCGAUCGGACUCUCCCAGCCCCCAACGCGGACGCUGGUCAUCAUGACGGCUCUGUUGAUGCUUCCGUUGACGCCCUGCAUGUUGCUGACGGCGUAGACGCGGCGGAGAUCUCGCCCAUCGUGACGGUCUCACACAACUUAUCCCCCCUCCCCUCCGAAGCGGCGCUCGACGAGGGCUUUCCGCGACCGCUGCCGAUGCCGUUGAUGUCAUCGAUGACCCUUCGCCGCUCGGGGCACGCGUCGCCGACGAUGAUGGCAAACUCGCGCUGCAGCAACGACGAGCACAGCCGACUGCUGGCCGCGAAUAACUCGCCGGGCGAGGUCGCCCCCUCCACGUCGACGCGCUCUGCGUUUGACUCUGCCGCGCCGGUGGCGGACGCCGUAGAGUACUUCGACGGCCCGGAGCAGACCCUGUCGGUGAACAUCGACAACGUGAUUUACGCCUCCAGCCGCACCGGCAACACGCACUUCAUCAUCGCGCUUGUCGUCUUCACCGGGCGUGAGACGAAGACGAGCAUGACGCGCAACGUGCCGCCGACCAAGUGGGCCACCAUCGACCACCUCUUUAACUACCUGGCGAUGUUCAUCUUCGCGGUGCAGGUCGUCUUGGUCGCGACGUGCGCCUUCUUCUCCUGCACGCGGCUGCGGAAGCACGCCUCGCUCUGGUACCUCGGCGGCGACGCCGACCCGGUGGACUUCAGCGAGUACUUCCCGAUCCUGCCACUGCGCUAUCUCAUGAUGCUCUCCCCGAUGGUGCCGCUGUCCUUCAAGGUCAUGGUGGAAAUAUCGAAGGCCUACGUCAGCUACGUCAUCCGGUGGGACGAGGACAUCAAGACAAGUGAGGAGUCCGCGUCCGUCAACAACUCCGCCCUCGCCGAGGAGCUGGGACAGGUAGAGUACGUGCUGUCCGACAAGACGGGCACGCUGACGGCGAACACCAUGACGUUUAGCGCGUUGGCCACGGCGACGGACGCGGUCUUCUCGAGCACCUACGACUCCGUCGGCGCCGGUAGCGGUGGCGGAGGCAGUGACGACGAGCAGCCGCUGUGUGAGGUUGGAAAAACAAUCAAGGCUGGCCUCGCCGCCGGGUGCGUGGAGGAUUACUAUCUAAUGCUGACAAUGGUGUUCUGCAACACUAUCGAGCGCACGCUGUCGCCACGCUUCAGCGGUGCGGGUGGCGUCCACACUCGCAGCAGCAGCUACGGCAGCGCCACCCGCUCGACCGCCUCGGAGGCGGCGUCGCCGUCGCCGAGUCGGUGGAUGUCCGCCUCCCCGGACGAGGUGGCUCUCGUCGACGGCGCGGAUCAGUGCGGCUUUCCGCUGCGCCACCGCAGCCGCAGCCACGCGACGGUGGCCCUGUGGGGUGACUCGGGGACGUCGCUGGAGGUGGAGCUGGUCUACACCCUUCCAUUCAGCUCCGAUCGUGGAAUGAUGAGCGUGCUGCUGCGCUGCCCGGAUGUGCCUGGAAUGGCGUUCAACGCGGCGCGUUCUACCGGCAAAGGAAGCGCGUCGUCUGGAUUCACGUACGUGUUGCUGAUCAAAGGCGCAGAUGAAAAGGUGUUGCCGCGCUGCACGGACAAAUACAGCAGCACGCACCUGGAGGACAUUACGAACCGACUGGCGCGCUUCUCCCGCCGCGGCCUGCGCACGCUCGUGUACGGCUACCGCUUUCUGUCAGAGGAGGAAGCGAAGGAGGCGCUGCGCCGUUUCGAGACGGUGAAGACAAGUUUUGCUGCCGCCGCCACCCGCGAGGCCGAGCUGCAGCGCAUCUACGCCCUCCUCGAGCACGACUUCACCUACUGCGGCAUCACUGCCGUGAAGGACGAGUUGCAGGAGGGCGUCGCGCAGACGCUGGCCCAGCUGCGCCACGCGAACAUUCGCGUCUGGAUGCUGACGGGCGACAAGACGGAGACGGCGAAGCAGACGGCGGUGGCCUGCGGGCUGCUGACCUCCGAGGACCGCGUCGUCACGUUGACCCCGCCGAAUGAGGACCUCCUCACCGCGACGGAGCACCUUGCCUACGUGUCGGUGCGGCUCGGGGAAAUAAUGCAGCUGCUCGCCGAGGAGGGCACGCAGGACCGCAAGACGGUGACGCGGUGGCAGAAGCUGAAGGAGUGGUCGCGGCGCUUCUUUUGGCGGUCGUCGGGGUUGUGCGACUUCGUGCACGAGUUCACGCGGCCCGCGACGUGCGAGCGGAUUCGGCCGGUCGACCACCCUCUUGUCACGCAGCCCCUCAGCCUGAUUGAGGCGCAGAGUGGUCCGGUGAGCAAAGUGGUGCUGGACGCGGUGCCAGCCGUGUGCGGCGCCGUGCGUCGUCGUCCCGGCCUGUACUUCGGCUCUGCUUUCACGGCGUCGGGGAACUACAACACGUGCGGGCUGAAGCGGGGGUACUGCGUUGCCCUGUCGGGCAAGACGCUGCGACUCCUCGAAGCCGAGGACGUCGCUUCCCACGGGCACAGCGCGGUCGUGCGUCUCUUCCGCGGCUGCCUGCUGCAGGCCCGCUCCGUCGUCUGCAGCCGCACGGCGCCGUCGCUAAAGUCGUACGUCGUGGACUUGGUGAAGCGCUCGGGCCACAUCACCCUGGCCAUCGGCGACGGCGGCAACGAUGUGCCGAUGCUGCAGGCGGCACACGUCGGUGUGGGCAUCAAAGGCCUCGAGGGCAGCCAGGCGAAGCUGGCGUCGGACUUCGCCAUUGGGCAGUUCCGCUUCUUAUCGAAGCUCAUUCUGGUCCACGGGCACACGGCGUAUCAGCGGACGGCGAUGAUCGUGCAGCAGAGCUUCUGGAAGACGGUCCUCAUUGCGUGGGUGCAGGUGCUGUACAACAUCUCCACCGACUUCUCGGGGGUGUCGUACUGGGACUCGCUGAGCCUCACCCUGUACAACGCGAUCCCCACCGUACCGGUAACGUUCCUGUGCGUCAUGGACAUGCCGCUCUCGCAGUGGAUUCUGCGCACGACGCCGCAGCUGUACAGCAUGUCGCAACGCGGUCGCUACAUGAGCGCCACCACCUUCUACGGCUACAUUGCCCGCGCAUUUCUGCAUGGGACAAUGGUCUACUACCUGUCCAUGGGCCUGCAGAGCGGCAGCGGUGCGUUGGUCUCGAAUGGGUGGGUGCUGGACCGCGGCGGCGACUUCUACGCCGUCUACAUCGCCGUCGUCACGAUACACACGUAUACGGUGUGCACCGAGUCGCAUGCCAUCACCAUCGCCCACUGGAACUGCUUUCUCUUUUCCGUGUACUCGUGCUUUAUCAGCUUUUGGAUUUACGCGCGGGUGCCAACGUCGCCGAACGGCACGUUCUCGGUGCUGCUCACGAGCCCAUCCUUCUACCUCGCCUACGUCGGCCUUACGGUGGCCGUGUGCGCUUCGCUCGCCAUUUACGCGAUGGCGAAGGUGAUGUGGUUCCCUGACGCGCUGCAGUUCCAGCGGCUGCUGAUGGUGCACCUUGGCGAGCGGAGCUGGCUGCGGCGCAGUGUGCCGGUGCGGGUGCUUCGCACCUUUUUCCAGGACGACAAUCCAUCGCACUUUUGGAAGUCGAUCUCGCCGUACCACGCGCUGAAGUACUACCCGCCCCCCAAGCUGAGCUUCUUCGUCAACGAGGACGUGGGCGAAGACGAGGCAUAG